AUGGGGAUACCGCAUCAGACCAAAAAACCCUCGUCGGGGAGGCCUGGGAGCUGCAAAACCGCGACCCACGCGCCUCGCCGCGGGCACGUGGCACAGAAUCGCGCUACGCCCCUGCGGACGAGGAUCAUCCGACCUAUGCCGCUGCGAACCUCGUCCUCAUGCAAACGCCACGCUCAAACCGCGCAGCCACACAAGACGCCGUCACGCCUGACGCAGACUCACGAGACCAGCUCCCAGCCUGCACCCUGCUGCUCCGCGCAGCCUCCCGAGCAGCACGCAGCACACAGCGACCGUCACUCAGGCUGCACCUUCUACUGCUAUUUCUGCUACUGCUGUUACUGCUGCUGCCUCACGUUGCUCUCUGUCUCUCUCCUCCUUCUCUUGUCCCCACCCCCCAACUCUCCUCCCUCUGCCUCUUCUUCCACUUUGCCCUUGAACGCCUCCAUCCCCCGUUCCUCAUCACAAUCUUCAACUUCCUGUUCGGAUGAACUUUCCCUUUUCUAUUCUGGUGUCAAUCUGACUUCCUCUGCUGUGCCUCCCUGCUGCCCCGUGCCCCCUUGUCUGGUCUCUGAUAACUCUUCACCUCUCUUUACUUCUGAUGAACUCUCCUCCUCUCACCAUGGCUCCCUUUCCACACCUUCCUCCCCCUCUUCUGCCUCUGACUCCAUCGCUUCUACUCAUAAACCGAUUCUGUGCCGACCGUGGCCUUCUACACGCUCCCUCUCCUCCCUGCUCCUCUGCCCCCCCAGCUUUGGCGAUGCAGUCCUCUCCCAUGCUUCCGCCGUGGAGCAGCCCCCGUCCGGCCUGCCGCGGCCUCGGACGCUGCUGCGCCAGCAGAGCCUGCAGCAGCCGCUCAUCCAGCCGCCGGGCCCCGGCCUCGGCCUCGGCCACCCCCCCACCACAUCCCAGAGCCUGGGACAGUUGCACACUGGCCCCGGACAGCCCGGGGGAGGCGGCGGUGUUGGGAGAGGAGAGGGAGGCGGCGGCAGCAGCAGCGGUGAGGGUGGGGGUGCAGGUACACGCAGCGGCGGUUCCCGGGGGUCACGGGGGAGCCCGGCAGGAGCAGGUGCCUCUCGCUAUAGGGGAGGUGCAGCAGGAGGGCGCUCACGUGCCAGUCCCGGUAGCUGGGAUUACAUGAUGGACCAGAUCCGGAACCGCGGCCUGGAUGUCAAGUCCUUCCUUGAAGGGAAGCUGGUGGUCCUGGCUUUGACCAUUGGUGUGGCAGAGCAAGAUGACUUUGCCAAUAUCCCUGACCUGCAGGAAGCAGCGCAGGCAGCUCCACCAGCCAAUCAGGAGCCCCCUCCUGAGAAGAGGGGCAACAAGCCAGCCAACAGCCCCAAGGGCCAGCCCCCUGAUGCCGAUGGCCACUCCUCCGUGACUGACCUGGCCAACUCUCUCACUGGAGACAUGGUGAUGCUGUCACCGGGGUCAGAAGAUGACGACGGCGAGGGGCCGAUCAGUGAAAAGCUGGGCCGGAUCCAGUUCAGCAUAGGCUACAGCUUCCAGAACACCACGCUUACCGUCAAAGUCCUCAAGGGUCAGGAGCUCCCAGCCAAGGACUUCUCCGGGACCUCAGACCCCUUCGUCAAAAUCUAUUUGCUGCCCGACAAGAAGCACAGGCUGGAGACCAAGGUCAAGAGGAAGAACCUCAAUCCCCACUGGAACGAGACGUUCCUCUUUGAGGGCUUCCCUUAUGAGAAGGUGAGAGAGCGAACCCUCUACCUCCAAGUGCUGGAUUACGACCGCUUCAGCAGGAACGACCCCAUUGGAGAGGUGUCAAUUCCCCUGAAUAAGGUGGAACUGGGCCAGAUGAAGACCUUCUGGAAGGAGCUCAAGCCCUGCAUGGAUGGCGCCGGGAGACGAGGAGACCUGCUGGUGUCCCUCUGCUACAAUCCCAGUGGUAACAUCAUCACUGUGAACAUCAUCAAAGCCCGCCAUCUUAAAGCCAUGGACAUCGGCGGAACCUCAGAUCCCUACGUGAAGGUGUGGCUCAUGCACAAGGACAAGCGCAUCGAGAAGAAGAAGACAGUGACGAUGAAGCGCUGUCUGAACCCGGUUUUCAAUGAGUCCUUCCCCUUCGAUGUUCCGGCCCACGUGCUGAGGGAGACCACCAUCGUCAUCACCGUCAUGGACAAGGACAGGCUCAGCCGCAACGAUGUUAUUGGCAAGAUCUACCUAUCAUGGAAGAGCGGUCCAGCAGAGGUGAAACACUGGAAAGACAUGCUCGCUCGGCCGCGUACCAACGUCGCCCAGUGGCACGCUCUCAAGGCCUGAUUGCACCACCCAGCCUCCAUCGUGGUCCCUUCCCCAUCUCCUAGCCCCUCCACCCCACACCCCGCCUCCACUCCCGUCCUUAUGCACAAGACUGACUUGCUGCCAGGCUGCGAAACACGGGUACAAUUAGCCAUCUGCUCUCUUAAACCUUUAAAGUCUUUUUCUCUUCUCUUUCAAGAUCCCACAUUUCCUGUCCCACUCUUCUCUUCUGCUCCCUCUUCUCGUGCAGUCGUCUUCAUUUCUGCGUCUCACCACUUUGCCAAUGGUCCCCCUGUUUCUGACUGUCUGUACGUCCGUCUGUCCAUAUGCACUUCUGCCUGUGGAGGUCUGAUAAUCAGUCUCUCGGCUGAUCGCUUAGUUCUGAACUGGUCCCUGGCCCGGUCAGGUGGCCAGUCCCGUGGGAUCAAAGAGUCCUCAGCAAUGAUCUAAUCCCAUUUAAUAGUACACACUUUAGCACUGUAUGUACUGUAUGUACAUAAACAUGUUGAUAUAUUAGAGAUUGGCAGGAUCCCCCCUUUAAAAAGAACUAUUUAUUAAUAGUAUGUUAUUAUGCAGUUCCCCACCUCUGUGUCUUCAUCCGUCCUUUCAUUUCUUGUCGUCUCUCCCCAGUGUCGGUCCUCCCUCUUUUUUCAUGCUGAGCUGAAGUCAUUGAAAGCGAUCGAUAGUUGUUUUGUAAUGAAACCAGCUGAAGCCCAGACAGAGUUGUUGAUACUGCUGUCUCUUUUCUCCUCUCUAUUUUUUCUUCUUUCUCCACCCCGUCCUUUCCUCUUUCUGCAACCCCUUUGGCACAAAUUAGUGAAUCCCCUCCACCCCCCGCCCCCCCACCGAGCCCUCCUCCUCGUCUGUGUGCUGUGGGUGCUGUGCUGUAGCUCCGACAAAAAUUGAGAUUUAAAAAAGUAAAGAAAAAGGAAAAACGAAACUCAACUUUCCAAAGCUGGUGAAGCAGGGACGCAAAUUUGUGAAAUGGAUUGCUCCUGAUUUUUCCAGAUGUAUAAAAGAAGAAUGGAGAGAGAAAAAAGAAGAUAAAAGCAAACAAAACAAAGAAAUCAGGAAACAAAUUCCUUUCCGUCCUGAGAUGCUAUGAUGUCACUUUUUCGCAGGAUCACAGACUGAGGAAACUAAUUGAAUCUUCUUCCAAAGUUAACAUGAAAACGAAGGUAAAGAGCUGCGUCGGUACCGGUUGGUACUGGUCGGAGCGAUGAGUUGUUUGUGCUGCCAUGUGCUCUUGUUUCCUGCUGGUGGGUGUCGACCUCAACCAGGUCGGACUGUCUGGUUUGCUGCGUUAAUGUGUGCCUGCUGGUGUGUGUGCGUGUGUGCGUGUGCAUGUGUGUAUUCAACGGAGCAACACUAUUCAAACUGGGCAGAAAUCUUCUUCUCUUUUCUCUUUCUCUCUUCUCGUGCUCUUCUUGCUCUUCUUACUGCCAUUGUUUCUCCAUCUUCUACUGCCCUGCCUUCUCAACGGGGGCACGAGGACGUUCAUUUUUUGCACUUUUUUGAAAAUGUAAUAACGAUGAUGACGAUGAUUAUACUGAAA